UUUUAGCUCACAAAAGUUUCUCAUUAUCCAUCUUCUGAAGUCUAAUUCCGUCAUUUCGUCACAGUCAUUCUCCGUCCAGCUUUGUUCCCUUGCUGGUGAGGAGUUUUGGUCCUUUCUAGGAGGCGAUGUGUUCUGGUUUCGGGUGUUUUCCUCCUUUUUGCGCUGGUUUCUUCCCAUCUUUGUGGAUUUGUCCGCUGGUCGGCUGCGUAGUUGCUGACUUUUCGUUUGGGUCUCUGAGUGGACACCCAGAAUGUUGAUGAUGAAGUAUUUCUGUUGCUUGGUUUUCCUUCUACCAGUCUAGCCCCUUCGCUGUAUGACUGUUGAGGUCCGCUCCAGACCCUGCUUGUCUGGGGUGCACCUCUAGUAGCCGUGGCACAGCGAGGGAUGCUACCAGUUUCUUUUUCUGCUCUCUUUGUCCCAGGAUGAUGCCUGCCUAAUGACAGUCUUUUGGAUAUAGAGGGGUCAGGGAGCUGCUUGAGGAGACAGUUUGUACUUUAUAGGGGUUUAAUUGCUGAGCUGUGCACUCUGUUGUUCAUUCAGGGCUGUUAGGCUGCUAUGUUUGAUUCUGCUGCAACACAGCUCAUUAAACAACCCUUUUUUUUUCUCAAAUGCUCUGUGUUGAGGGGUUUGGGCUUUAUUUUUGGAUGUCCGAUCAGGUGUCCUGCCCAGCUCAAAGGCAGACUAGCCACUGUUUGGCUGCCGAGGCUCCGCCCUGCUGUUGUGUGAUUCGCGCUGUUCCUGCCGGCUCUGCUGUGGUCUCCGCCACGCCCUGCGGCGGAGUCUCUUCGUUGUAGCGUGUUGCCUCAGCAACAGCAGGCUCCGUCAGCAGUGGGCGUGUAUCUCAGUAGGGACGGGUUGCCUCGGCAACGGCUGGCUGCGUCAGCAGUGGGCGUGUAUCUCAGUUGGGGCGGGUUGCCUCGGCAACGGCUGGCUGCUUCAGCAGUGGGCGUGUAUAUCAGUUGGGGCGGGUUGCCUCCGUAGUGGUGGACGCCCCUCCCCCACAGAGCUUUUCGGACCGUCUGCCCGGGAUAGUUUGAAAUCGCGGUUUUGUUCGUCCCACUGGGUAUCCCAAACGAUCUGUCCCUGCAAUCCCCUGGGCUGGGCUACUGUGCAAGUCUCGUUCAGUCUCAAGUCCAGCCCUCUCAAGUCUCAGGUUGCCGGUUCAACAAGGCACCCGGACAAGCGCGCCCUGUGGGGAUUGCUGGGUAGGGCCGGCCGCCGCCGCCCCGGCUGCCGGCUUCGCCAGGCAGACCUACUGCCUGGCGUCCCGUGUCUUUUUAUACUUGGGAGUUUCCCCGUUCUGUGGGCAACAAAGAUCAGUCUGGAAAUGCAGCACUGACUCACCGUUUGCGAAUUCAACGCGGGCUCCAAUCCUGGGUUGUUCUCACAGCGCCAUCUUGAGUCCCCUCCGACUAAAUCUUAUAUAAUCCUCUAAAAUAUUUUUAGUUUUGCCUUUCACAUUCAGGUCUUUGUUGAAACAGAAAUUGGCUUUUGACUAUGCUGUAAGGUCGACAACCAAUUUAGUUUUUCUAUAUAUGAUUUUUCAAAUGUUUCAAGAGCUGUAUGGAUCUCCUUUCUGUAUAUGUCUUCUGUGUCAGGAUGGUUAUAUAUUAUACAUUUAUAUAUGGUUUUAUUUGUUUCCAGACUCUUGAUUAAACCUUUUGGUCUAGUUGUCUAUUUAUAAUAAAUCUUGAUAGCCUAAAGAUAGUCUUUUCACCUUUUUCCUCAUCAUAGAUGCUCUGGCAAUUAUUUGUGCUGUGAUGGACCCAGCCCAAUAAAAAAGUGAUAUUUGUUCACUGCACUGUAAUGUAAUCUUUGUUAUAAAUUAAAUGAUUGUAUAUAAAGAAGUCUCUGGAUUCUUUGUUCUCUUUCUCUUUCUUUCUUUUUUUUUUUUUUGAGACGGAGCUUCGCUCUUGUUACCCAGGCUGGAGUGCAAUGGCGCGAUCUCGGCUCACAGCAACCUCCGCCUCCUGGGUUCAGGCAAUUCUCCUGCCUCAGCCUCCUGAGUAGCUGGGAUUACAGGCACGCACCAGCAUGCCCAGCUAAUUUUUUGUAUUUUUAGUAGAGACGGGGUUUCACCAUGUUGACCAGGAUGGUCUCGAUCUCUUGACCUCGUGAUCCACCCGCCUCAGCCUCCCAAAGUGCUGGGAUUACAGUGUUCUCGUCUCUUUCUUUGUAUGGUCAUUCUUAGACCCUGUCUGUCUGUCCAAAUGUCGUGGUUUUAAUUACUGUGACUUUAUAAUAGGUGUUUAUAACCAGAGUUGUCCUUCAAUUUUAAGAUGCUCUUACUCUUCUUGAUGGUUUGAAUUUUCACAUGAUUUUGGAAUCAUUAUAUUUUUUCUGUUUUAUCUUUUGUUUUAUAUUCCUCUUUUUUCUUCAUUGCCUGUAUUUGAUUGAAUCUAUUAACUUAUGCAUUAUCCUUCAAUUAAAUUCUUUGUCAUACAUUCUUUUACUCUUCUUUUAGUAGUUUCUCUGUGCUAACAUAUCAACUCUUGAGUAAUUGAAUCUAUGACAAAUUAUUCCUCCUACCAAUUACCAUGCAUUUUUAGAUCCUUAAAUCUCUAACUCCCUUUACCCUCUGCUUCCCUUUCAUUAUUUUUUUCAUACAUCACAAGCCUGUAUACUUUUAAAUCCCCAUGAAGUAUUACUAUUUUUUUUAAUAAAGUCAGUAUUCAUUUUAAUUUAACCAAAAUUUACUGAUUCUGGUGCUCUUUAGUUCUCCCUAUAUUUCGGUGCUUCUGUCUGGAGCUAAUUUUGAUAUAUCUCAGAAAUUAUUAAUGUAUUUCUAUUAUAAGACUACUUGUUUAAAUUAUAUGUGUUUUUAUUUGUCAUUGAAUCUUUAUUUAAUUAUAUUCUUCCCCAUCCAGCUAUAUAAAGGUCUAAUUGACAGAAAAUAAUUAUAUAUAUUAACAGUUCACAACAUAUUUUUAGAUAGGCAUUCAUUGUGAAAUGAUGAAGCCAAUGAACAUAUCCAUUACUUCAAAUACUUACCUUUAUUUGUGGUUGAGAAUACUUGAGAUCUAAUCCCUUAGCAAUUUGCAAUAUAAAACAUUAUUAACUACAGUUAACUUGUUGUACAAAAGCUCUCCAGAACUUAUUCAUUCUAACUGAAACUUUCUUUCUUUUAACCAUCAUCUCCAAUUUCUCCACUCUCAGCGCCUCAAAACCACCAUUCUACUCUGUGCUUCUAUGAGUUUGAAUUUCUUAGACUUCCAUAUAAAUGAGAUCAGAAAUUUUUUACCCUAUAAUUUUAGAGUUUACAGUUAUAAUCGCACGGGAAUUAUGAAACCACUUGACCAAGAUUUGCAGAAUUUCUGCUACUACCAAGGGUAUAUUGAAGGUUAUCCAAAAUCUGUGGUGAUGGUUAGCACAUGUACUGGACUCAGGGGCUUACUACAGUUUGAAAAUGUUAGUUAUGGAAUUGAACCCCUGGAGUCUUCAGUUGCUUUUGAACAUGUAAUUUACCAAGUAAAACAUAAGAAAGCAGAUGUUUCCUUAUAUACUGUGAAGGAUAUUGAAUCAAGAGAUCUACCCUAUAAAAUACAAAGCAUAGAGCCACAACCAGAUUUUGCAAAGUAUAUAGAAAUGCAUGUUGUAGUUGAAAAACAAUUGUAUAAUCAUAUGGGGUCUGAUACAACUGCUGUCACUCACAAGGUUUUCCAGGUGAUUGGAUUGAUGAAUGCUAUUUUUGUUUCAUUUAAUCUUACAAUUAUUCUCUCUUCACUGGAGCUUUGGAUAGAUGAAAAUAAAAUUGCAACCACUGGAGAUGCUAAUGAGUUAUUACAGACAUUUUUAAAAUGGAAAAAAUCUUAUCUUGUUUUACGUCCCCAUGAUGUUGCAUUCUUACUUGUUUACAGAGAAAAGUCAAAUUAUGUUGGUGCAACACUUCAAGGGAAGAUGUGUGAUGCUGACCAUGCAGGAGGUGUUGUUCUGCAUCCCAGAACCAUAAGUCUAGAAUCACUUGCAGUUAUUUUAGCACAAUUAUUGAGCCUCAGUAUGGGGAUCACUUACGAUGACAUUCACAAAUGCCAGUGCUCAGGAGGUGUCUGUAUUAUGAAUCCAGAAGCAAUUCAUUUCAGUGGUGUGAAGACCUUUAGUAACUGCAGCUUCGAAGACUUUGCACAUUUUAUUUCAAAGCAGAAGUCCCAGUGUCUUCACAAUCAACCUCGCUUAGAUCCUCUUUACAAACAGCAACCUGUGUGUGGUAACACAAUUCUGGAAGCAGGAGAGGAGUGUGACUGUGGGACCGAACAGAAUUGUACCCUUAUCGGAGCGACAUGCUGUGAUAGUGUCACAUGUAGAUUGAAAGCCGGUUUAAAUUGUGCUGAAGGACCUUGCUGCAAAAAUUGUCUAUUUUUGUCAAAAGGAAGAGUAUGCAGGCCUGCCUUUGACGAAUGUGACCUCCCUGAAUAUUGCAAUGGAUCAUCUGCGUCAUGUCCAGAAAACCACUAUGUUCAGACUGGGCAUCCCUGUGGAAUGAAUCAAUGGAUCUGUAUAAAUGGAGUUUGUGUGAAUGGGGAUAAACAAUGUACAGACUUAUUUGGCCACGAAGUAGAGUUUGGUCCUGCAGAAUGUUAUUCUCACCUUAAUUCAAAGACUGACGUAUCUGGAAACUGUGGUGAAGUUGAUUCAAGAUACACACAGUGUGGAGCUGAAAAUCUGCAGUGUGGAAAAUUAAUAUGUAAAUAUGUAGGGAAAUUUUUACUACAAAUUCCAAGAGCCACUACUAUUUAUGCCAACAUAAGUGGACAUCUCUGCGUUGCUGUGGAAUUUUCCAGUAAUCAUGCCGACCGCCAAAAGAUGUGGAUAAAAGAUGGAACUUCUUGUGGUUCAAAUAAGGUUUGCAGGAAUCAAAGAUGUGUGAGUUCUUCAUACUUGGGUUAUGAUUGUACUAAACAAAAAUGCAACAAUAAAGGUGUAUGCAAUAACAAAAAGCACUGUCACUGUGGUCCUUCAUAUUUACCUCCAGAUUGCAUCGCUCAAUCAGAUUUCUGGCCCGGUGGGAGUAUUGACAGUGGCAAUUUUCCACCUGCACCAACCAAUCUCCCUCAAAGGCGCUUCAUUGAGAACGUUUACCAUUCCAAACCAAUGAGAUGGCCAUUAUUCUUACUCAUUCCUUUCUUUAUUGUUUUCUGUGUACUGAUUGCUAUAAUGGGGAAAGUUUAUUUCCAAAGGAAAAAACGGAGAACUGAGGACUAUUCAAGCGAUGAGCAACUUGAAAGUGAGAGUGAACCUAAAGGGUAGGCUGGACAACAGACAUGCCAUGAUAUCACUUCUUCUAGAGUAAUUACAUGGGAUGGAUAAACACACAAAAAAAUGGAAGAAAAGAGAAUGUACAUUACCUGAUUUCCUGGGACUCAAACCUGCAUAUUGUGAUUUUAAUUUGACCAGAAAAUAUGGUGUACAUAUAUAUAUACACAUACAUGUAUAAUUUCACAGAUAAUUUACUAAUCAGAAAUGCAUGAUAAUGAGUUUUACAUUACAAAUUUCUGUUUUUUUAAGUUCUCUCACACUAUUUCUGUGGGUCAGUAGACAUUAAUUCUGUCAGCAGGGGCAUGGUAUAAGAAAAUAUUGUAAUGAGGUGGUACCAUAAUUAAAAGCUGCUGUUAUAUUU